AUGGAUACCAAGGAAGACACUACCUCAACUACUUCUACUACUUCGACUACAUCAACAAAGGAUGUAGUUGUACCAUCUAUUGAAGUAGCAGAGAAAAAGACAGGCAAGAAAGGUGCACCCAAAAAGGCAGCAGGUGUCAAGAAGGAUGCUACUACUGUUGCUGCACCAAAGAGCAGCACAACUGCAAAGCCAAGAGCUCCUUCAAAGGCUAGCAUCGCUUUUCAAAAUAAGUUAAAGAAAGUCGAUUGGAGAGAUAUGACACCAAUUGGAUUUGAAGUAAAGACAUGGGAUUCUAUAUUGGAUGAAGAUUGGGAAUUCAAGUCAUUAAACCAAGAGUUAAAGGAAGGUUUCCUUUCUGAUCUCGAUCAUCCCAUCUAUAUGUUUAUGGGUGCACAACCAAUCGUUGGCAAGACAUCAAAGGACAGUAUGAACAUCCCAUACAUUGUUGUGUUUGACUGUUUGACAGCACCACCCAACAAGAUUUGCAAGGCAUCGAUUCAAUCGACACACGAAGAGAUCUAUGACAUGUCUACAUACAAACUCGAAUGGACACCCUACGUCCGUUCCAAACUCGUAAACUUUGAUUUUACCAAAUACAAAAAGCCAAUCCAAACAUUGCAGUGGAAGACACGUUCGACAAAGACCAACAAGAUGUCGGAAGAACAACUCGUAGAACUCCAAUACCUUUUACCAUUUGUGCGUUUGCCACAAGUUGUCGGAAAGCUCGUCGAACCAAACCCCGUCAUGUCUGUCAAGUUCAACAUGGACUUUAAGCUCAAGGAUCCACAAGAAUACCACGACAAGAAGAUCCAAGAGAAAAAGGAAGCUGCUGAAGCAAUCGCCGCUGCCAUUGCCGCUGAACAAGAAAAGACUAAAGGAGGAGACAAGAAAAAGGAAAAGAAAAAGACAACCGAGAAAAAGACUACAGAGAAAGAAACUUCAACAGACACUAAACCAAGAGGUAGAGGAAGACCAUCUAAAAAGGCUACCGACGCAGCUCAAGUAGAAGAAAAGGAAGAAAAUCAAGUCAAGACUCACAUCACCAUCGAGAUCAACUAUGACAAGCAAGUUGAUAGUCCAUCUGCUUUUAUUGAAGAGUUUGAAGACGAUCAUCCAGAGAUUGAGUUUGAUGGCGAUGAACUCAAGGCUGAACUCAAAAAGGAAUUUGAACGUCUUAGAGCCAUUGAAAAGACUAGAUUCGAUGCCAUCCACCAAGAAGUUGCCGAUAUGUCUGAACAGGAUAGAGAGAAUCUCCGUAAUGCCAAGAUCUACAAGUUCUAUCCAAAUCAUCCAGAUAUUGACAUUACUCGUUAUGUCUCGUCUUGGGUCAAUAGAUUCUUUGGCAGUGCUACCCAAGUAUUCCCAGAAGAGGCUGAUCUCAAGCUCACCCUUACAGAGUUGGACGCCAAAUCCAUUGAAAAGGACAAAAAGGAAGCUCUAAAAUUAAAGGAAGAGGUUGAAAAGAAACAUCAAGCCUUUUUAAAACAACAAGAAAAAGAAAAGGCAGCUCAAGAAAAGAAGAAAUCAACAAAGAAAUCUAAAAAACAAGAAGAAUCUGAAGAUGAAGAAGAGGAAGAAGAAGAAGAAGAAGAAGAAAAGGAAGAAAAGAAAGAAAAGAAAGAAAAGAAAUCUAAAAAACAAGAAAAGGAAGAAAAGGAGGAAGAAUCAGAGUCUGAAGAAUCAGAUCAAGAAGAAGAAAAGAAAAAUGGUAAAUCAACUAAAAGAACAAAGAAAGAAUCAACCAAAUCAGUCAAGAAACAAAAGAAAAAUUAA